CUGGCUCGGAGCACUUCAUCCAAGGUCAGCCGCAAGUGGAGCCAGACCUGCUAAACUAGAGCCUUCACCAUGGAGCAGCUGAGUUCAGCCAACACCCUCUUCGCCUUGGAGCUGUUCCACACCCUGAAUGAAAGCAGCCCCACAGGAAACAUCUUCUUCUCUCCCUUCAGCAUUUCUUCUGCCUUGGCCAUGGUCCUUCUGGGGGCCAAAGGCAGCACUGCAGCCCAGCUCUCUAAGACUUUUCAUUUCGACUCUGUUGAGGACAUCCAUUCACGCUUUCAAAGCCUGACUGCUGAAGUGAGCAAGCGUGGAGCAUCUCACACUCUGAAACUUGCUAACAGACUGUAUGGAGAGAAAACCUACAAUUUCCUUCCUGAGUACUUGACUUCAACCCAGAAAAUGUACGGUGCUGACUUGGCCCCUGUGGAUUUUCAGCAUGCCUCUGAGGAUGCAAGGAAGGCGAUAAACCAGUGGGUCAAAGGUCAAACAGAAGGGAAAAUUCCAGAACUGUUGGCUGUGGGUGUGGUGAACAACAUGACCAAACUUGUGCUGGUGAAUGCCAUCUACUUCAAGGGAAUGUGGGAGGAGAAAUUCAUGACACAGGACACAACCGAUGCUCCAUUCCGACUGAAUAAGAAAGACACAAAAACAGUGAAGAUGAUGUAUCAAAAGAAAAAAUUUCCAUUCGGUUAUAUUUCGGACCUGAAGUGCAAGGUGCUGGAGAUGCCUUACCAGGGUGGAGAGCUUAGCAUGGUCAUUCUGCUGCCCAACGACAUUGAGGAUGAGUCCACGGGUCUUAAGAAGAUUGAGGAGCAAAUAACUUUGGAAAAACUGCGUGAAUGGACCAAACGUGAGAAUUUGGAAUACAUUGAUGUCCACGUCAAAUUGCCCCGGUUCAAGAUAGAAGAGAGCUACACCCUCAACUCUAACCUGGGCCGCCUGGGAGUGCAGGAUCUCUUUAGCAGUAGCUCGGCUGAUCUCUCUGGCAUGUCAGGAUCCAGAGAUCUUUUCAUAUCAAAAAUUGUCCACAAGUCCUUUGUGGAAGUGAAUGAGGAGGGGACAGAGGCAGCCGCUGCCACAGCAGGCAUUGCUACUUUCUGCAUGUUGUUGCCUGAGGAAGAAUUCACGGUGGACCAUCCGUUCCUUUUCUUCAUUCGGCACAAUCCCACAUCUAAUGUGCUCUUCCUUGGCAGGGUUUGUUCCCCAUAGAAGAAGGAGACUUUAAAGAUAUAAGGCAGAGCUUAGAACUUCAUUCCGUGAGAUUUUAAUAGUGAUGAUUUUCAUUUGUACUUGACAAUAAAACUCUAACCAGAAACCAAUCUUUCUCUUGUAUGUUCAACCAUGCUGGCUCUUUAUAUCCAUGACUUUUGGCACGGGUAUGCCUAUUUUUAUUAUACAAUGAAAGUAGGACUCCUGUUUUCCUCCUCGGCUUUUGCAUGACCUCCAGAGUGCAACAAAGGUUCACAGCUAGGCUGAAAAUUCUGGACGACUCCACGUUCUCAUCCUUAAUCUUUAUGGACUGUAGGUGGGUGCCUGCAGAUGCUAACUGAAGUCAUGUCCAUCUGGGGUAGGGGGGGAUACCCUUAAGCCUCAAAUCAUUAUUACAAUCUGCUUUCCAAGCACAGCAUCCAGAGUAUAAUCAAAGAUAACUGUUUGGGUGGGCAGCCAUGGCAACAGAGAUACAAAGCAGCACAAACAAAAGAGAAGGACAACAGUGGAAGGCUCUAAAUGCUGCCACUGUCCAUACAAACUGGAGAACAGCAGUCUGUGAAGGUAAUAUUGAUGAAAUCCAAGGUCAGACACUUUAGCAGGCCAUUGCAAACUUACAAACAACACUUCAUGUCUGGAUGAAAAGGAACUAGAAACCCCAGAGCUUAAACAUACAAUAAAUUAUUUCCAUAGAAAACUUAAAGAAUAUGUGGAUUUUUAAGUC